AAUCUCAAAAGCUGUUGAGCCAGCAGCUGUGAGUUCCUCACUGCGAUGAAAAAGAAUCUGAAAAGUAAGACAGGCAGAAAGUGAAGGCAGUGAAGAUGAAUGUCCUGAGCUGUACACAAAGGCCCUGGAGUGGAGGGAUGGGCUGAGAAGUUGGCUACUCCCCCUGACCAUAAAUGGCUUGACUCUGGAGCCACCUCUUGCCCUGUCACCCUUGAUCUCCCAGCUGGACUUCUCUGCAAAGGCAAGACACAAACCAUUAACGCCAACAAGAACGGGGACGUCUUGCCCAGGACAGUGUUUGAAGAAGAUUCUUGGGAAGCUCUCAGAAAUGAGAUUUUCUCUGAACUUCACACUGCCUGCCAACAUGACUUCACCUCCAGUUGUAACAGGUGGGAAAGAAGCUGACUGUGGACCCUCUCUUGGACUAGCAGGAGGCAUCCCAUCCCUGGUGGCCACAGCCCUACUGGUGGCCUUAGUGUUUACUCUGAUUCAUCGACGAAGGAGCAGCAGUGGCAGCACAGCCGUUCAGGAAACUGAGAGACCGUGUGAAAUUUCAGAAAUAUAUGACAGCCCCAAGAUAGCAGAGACUCCUAGGAGAUCACCCACACGUGAGAAUAUGAUGGGAGCAGAAGAAACCCACAUAUACGUGAGGACGGUGUCAGGCAGUGAGGAGCCCCCGCGUGACACUGCCCACCGUCCUGCUGAGAUGGAGAGGAGGGGGCCACUGUGGUGGCUUGUGCCCAGGCUGAGCCUAGAUUGAUGAGGCUCCAUGAACGAGUAUUCCCAGAGCUGGAUGGGAGCUGAAGACCCAUGAGUUCAUGCUUGGAGUAAGGAGAUACAGCAAGCUGCCGCUUCUCCACCUCAAGCCUCAUUGUCAAAGCUGGAAGACAGCUCACCCAGCAGGGGCACAUGUCUUUGACCAUUGUCUGUGACCAAGGUUUGAUCCCAGAUACCAUAU